CGCGGAGAGACAAGCAGCGACAGGGGUCUGAGAAGCUCAACCAUUGCGGCUGUGUGCGGUGACAUCCCAAGCCGCCCGAAGAGACCGGGGUCUCGGCAAGGUGACAUGACUGAUCUGAUCGGUUGAUCUGGGGAAAACGUCUAGCGUCUUUCAAUCCGACCUUAGCCAUCUUCCACAUUGUUUCUUGUUCACAAAAACUUCUCAUUCGUUACACUGGGGAAUUCCGCCGGACGGCAGAGGAUGUUGAGUUUGGGUUGAACGGAACAGAGAGACACAUUGACAUGAUGAGCGCUUUCCUGGAUGCCAGUAAUGGCCCGCCGGCGGAUGAUUCGAUGCCCAGCUAUGAGGAAGCGGUCGCAGGAGGCGCGCAACGGGUUGCAGUAAGGACACAAUCCGUCUCGGGAUCAAUACAGUCCCUCAACCUGCACGACGGCACCCUCCCACCAUCAAUCCUGCGCCUCAAGCACCUCGGCCGCACCAUCCCCCACAACGGACCAGUCACCUCCAUCGCCGUCAGUCCCAAAGGCUACGUCGCAUCCUCCCAGGACAACACGGGCACCGCCUUACCCUCCAGCACCAAGAUCUGGGACUUUUCCCAGAAACCCGGCGCCGUGGGCGCGCGGCUCGUGGCAUCAGACAUCAACAACGAUGCGCCCGUGGUAGUCUUUAGCCCGGACGGGAAACUGACGGCCGUGGUGGAGAAGGAUGCGGGAUGGAAGCGGGAGUGGCGGGUGAAGCUUCGUGCCGGGGAGGAAGGGCGACAUGUGCGGUGCGCAUUGAAUGGUGUCGGGCCGCCGGCGGCGUUUAGUCCCGACGGGAAGAAGCUUGCGGCGGCGGAUCCGUCGGGGGUUGUGGUUGUGUUUGAGGCGGCGACGAGUCCGCCUGGGAUGCCGCCUACGAAGAAGGUGGCGGGUGUGAUGAACCAUGCUGCGCCGACGCAUCUUCUCUUCAUGCCUAAUGGCGCGGACCUCGUGACGCUGUCGAGAGAUGGUACGGUGAGGAUAUCGGAGGCCAAGACGGCGAGGACGUUACGGCGGAUGGAGGUGGAUGGGGUUGUGACGGGGACGGGGACGGGUGCGCGGGCGUUGGGGGUGUCGCCGGAUGGGAGGGUGGUUGUGUCGGUGUGGGCGAGGGCUGUGUAUGUGUGGGAGCACGAGGCUGGGCGGGUGUCGAGCUGGGAGAUGAAUAAGGUGAGGAACAACGAGGGGUGGCCGCUGGCGGUGUCGCCUGAUUGUCGGUUCCUGGCGUGUCGGACGGAGGAGGGCAUGGAUAUCUCGGAUGUGUACUCUGGGCAGGUCCUGGCUGAGGUGACGACGGCGGAGGGGAUCGAUGGGCUGGUUACGGCGGCGGCUUUCUCGAUGGAUGGGAAGAUGAUGGCUGUUGGGAGGCAUAGUGGUGUUGUUGAUGUGUGGAAUCUGGCGCCCUAUGAACGUUGAUGGUGAUGGUGUUUUUGUUUCCAUCUGCUCAUGAACAUGAAGGGGCAAGUGUGGCUCAGUUGGAUCAACCUGGGAAAACGGCGAUGAACGAGGAGGGUCACAUUUAUGGACAAAAGUUACGGCAAAUCAAGGCAAAAGCAUGUUACCUAGUACUUAUACCGGUUUUCACUUUGAAUUGAUAAGUAGCUUCAUUAUAUCUUGUCUAAGGGGGCAGCAUAAUUCGAAGCUUCAACACAAGGGUAUUGUGAGAUGUAACUACUAGAUGUGAUAUGCAAGAGAAUUGGCC